CUCAAUCAAGAAAUUGUGUAAUUCGAGUUGUGACUGACCAUGAGAAGCCAAACAAAGGUAGGCUUUUUUAUACUUGUGAUCACUGUGGGUUUUUUCUUUGGUGCCAUCCACUGAAGGCUGAAUUUCGAGGUGAGCCACUGCCAAUUGAUAGCUCUGUAAUGGGUCGACAUUUACUAUUUGUGUAAUCUGAAUAAAACAGCACCACCAUCUCUGCCAUAAUUUACUACUCCGGUGACCCUACUAACGACAAAGAAAGUCAUUAACUCAUUAUGGCGGUAUGGGAGGAGCGAGCAAUGACGAAAAAACAGGUGGCGGUGAAGGAAUCAAAGGAUUGUUCGUUGCCCUGCUCCGAUCCAGAUCUUGAUGAUGAUGAUGAUGAUGCCGCUCUUGGAUGCUUCUGGGCGGCGAUGGGGAACUCACGCUGUGAACCUUCUGGGCAACGAAGAGGAUGGGAAAAGAUGACAAAGAAAGGAGAGAAAUGAGGAAGAAGAUGGGAAAUUAGUGCGUGGAAAGAGAAAAAAAGGAAGUGGGGGGGUUAGUGAGGGAGGAGGGGGGAGUAUAUGCUGUUCAAUUGGGGUACACCAAGUGGUGUCCUAGCGGGACUGAUAGAUUAUUAUUGAUCUUUACAUCACAAGAGAUCAAAAAGUACAAACCCAAAUGUCAACUCAAAUGUAGACAAUGCAUGAGAGAUGUCCCCAAACCCAAGUCCAUAUACCCCAUGUACGUGCCCCAUUUAUAUUAUAUACUCCCUCCGUCUCAUAAAAAAAUUCUCAUUUUGACCAUAAAUAGUCAAACAGUUA